AUGGUUCAACAACGCGCCUCCGUCCUCAAAUUCAGCAUGCUCAUCAAACGCCGCCAGGACAUGAGCGAAGAAGAGUUCCACAAGUACUGGACGGAAAUCCACGCUCCCAUCGUCGAGAAAUGGCUCGCGAAGCAUGGGGUUAUUCGAUACGUUCAGUACCACACCCCGACCCAAACGAAAACGCAAUCCACCGAAGUCUGGACGGGACUCGGCGGAUCGAAUGUGCUGCAGUUUGAUGGACAUGUGGAGCUCACGGUGCCGAAUGUGGAAUGUCUGAAGAAGGCCCUUGAGGAUCCCUAUUAUGAAAGCGACGUGUUGCCGGAUGAGGGCAAAUUCAUCGAUGCGGCGAAUUCGUACAGGACAUGUGGGUGGGAGGAGGUGAAGAUUGAGGUGGGGAAUGUGGUCAGGGGGACGCAGUGA